CUCACUGCCCUCCCUCCGCCUCUCACCUCUCUGUCCUUCUGAGCUCUUUUUCACUCUGUCUCUGCAUUUGCCCUUUGCACUGUCAAACUCCUUCAUCUUGCCACUUGAUGUCUGUAUUUCUCCAUAUCUUUCUUCCUCUGUCUCUGCCCGCCCACGUUUUUCUCUUUCUCUUUCCCUCUUUGGGGACCCUCCCCCAUGCUCCCCUGCCCCGUCUUCCUUUCCCCUGUCUGCCUCCUCAUCCUUCGACUCCCAUCUUUCCCUAGCCAUUACCAGCUCUGGCUGGGUCGCCAUGACUUGUUUGAGGAUGAAGACACAGCCCAGUUUGUUCUUGUCAUUGAGAGCUUCCCACACCCUGACUUCAACAUGAGCCUCCUGAAGAACCCCACCCGCCUCCCAGGCGAGGACUACAGCCAUGAUCUCAUGCUGCUCCAGCUGAAGGAGCCUGUCCAGAUCACAGAUGCUGUGAAGGUCGUGGAGUUGCCCACCGAGGGUGUCGAAGUUGGGAGCACCUGUUUGGCCUCCGGCUGGGGCAGCAUCGAACCAGAGAAGUUCUCAUUUCCAGAUGUUCUUCAGUGUGUGGACCUCAAAAUCCUGCCUAAUGAUGAGUGCGACAAAGCCCACACCCAGAAUGUGACAGAGUUCAUGCUGUGUGCCGGACCCCUGGAAGAUGGCCAAGAUACCUGUGUGGGUGACUCAGGGAGCCCACUGGUUUGCGGUGGCAUCCUCCAACAAUCAUUCUCCCCACCUGUCAAAGGGGUGAACACCAUCUGA